UCGGGUGUGGGGAAAUGUGGGGCCGGGCCGGGGCCACUGGCUCUUAGCGUUUGACUCGCAGGAGUUGCCGGUAAGGGGGCAGCCGGUGCCACCCGCCGCCGUGGGGCCGCGUGUUCCGAGGCACCGAGUGGGAAGGGCGCGGGGAGAACCACGAGAGGGCGCUCGCCGCGUGCCGCCCGGUCACAAAACAGGAGGACGUGCCCGCCCGCGCGGGGAGCGGGAUGGUGUGCGGGAUGGUCCGCCGGUGGUCUGCAGGAUGGUCCGCAGGAUGGUCCGCAGGAAGGCUCCCCGGGCUGCGCUUUACCCUGCGCCUGCCGGGGACGGGCGGGUGGGUGCUGCUGUCGCUGCUGUGACCUGCGGCUCGUGCAGUGCCCUGUCCCCAAGAGCAGAGCGGGUCCCCGGCCCCGUUGCAGGGUGCCGCUGUCCCCAAGGAGCAGCUUUGAAAGCCCUUUUGUUACCACCAGUGCAGCCUCGCCAGGGGCCAAAACCGUGCUUUCCCUUUCCAAAGCUCAGCUGAUGUGUUUUGGAUUUUAUCUUCGAGUAACUUCUGUUUGAAACCAGGAAUGUCUUAAUAAGCCUUUUUGCAAUGCACGGGUAAUUAACGAGGAAGCAUGGGUGGUGCUGUGCAGUUCUGCUCCCCGCGCGCCGGGUCUGUGCUGCUCAAGGGCACACCUGCUGCGCUCAGCACCAUCCACGUGGUUCGGGAGUCUUUGAGUCUGCAAAAACGCAAAGAAGACUUGAGUUCUGAGGAUGUCGGUUGCCAUGGCAACGCCAUUAACCAUAGAUUUUGGUUGUAAUGUGAUUUGGGAGUUGUGUGCUCCUCGGGGACAUCAGUGUCACUGGGAAUCCCUCCCCUACCCAGAUCAUCUGACGCUUUCCUCAAAGGCUCAGCUGCUCGUUCCAGCUCCGGCUGCUGUUCCACACGCACCACAGGGUGGAAACGGCAACAUGAAUUCGUAGAUGAUGAGUAGGAUGCCCAAGCCAGAGAUGACAGUGCUCUUGAGGAAGUGCUGGGUAGAACAAAAAGAUGAUCACGGGAACAGCAAUGGCAGUCAUGUAAAAAUCUUUUUACCGAAGAAGCUGCUUGAAUGUCUACCGAAAUGUUCAAGUUUACCGAAAGAGAGGCACCGCUGGAACACUAACGAGGAAAUUGCAGCUUAUUUAAUAACGUUUGAAAAGCACGAAGAAUGGCUAACAACUUCCCCUAAAACAAGACCGCAGAAUGGUUCCAUGAUCCUGUACAACAGGAAGAAGGUGAAAUACAGGAAAGAUGGAUAUUGCUGGAAAAAAAGGAAAGACGGGAAAACCACCAGGGAGGAUCACAUGAAGCUGAAGGUGCAAGGAGUGGAGUGCUUGUACGGCUGCUACGUCCAUUCCUCCAUCAUCCCCACGUUUCACAGAAGGUGCUACUGGCUGCUGCAGAACCCGGACAUCGUGCUGGUGCACUACCUGAACGUCCCUGCCAUCGAGGACUGCGGGAAGCCCUGCGGCCCCAUCUUAUGCUCAAUAAACACAGACAAGAAGGAAUGGGCGAAGUGGACAAAAGAGGAGCUCAUCGGACAGCUCAAACCCAUGUUUCAUGGCAUCAAGUGGACGUGCAGCAACGGCAACAGCAGCUCGGGGUUCUCGGUGGAGCAGCUGGUGCAGCAGAUCCUCGACAGCCACCAGACCAAGCCGCAGCCUCGGACACACAACUGUCUCUGCACUGGUACCUUGGGGGCAGGAAGCAGUGUGCAUCACAAGUGUAACAGUGCCAAACACCGCAUCAUAUCACCAAAGGUCGAACCAAGGACAGGUGGGUACAGCGCUCACUCAGAGGUACAAAAUAACGAUGUCUCUGAAGGCAAGAACGAGCACAGCCAUGGCAAGGCCUCCAGCCGAGAGAAGAGGAACGGCAAAGUGGCGAAACCAGUGUUGCUCCAUCAAAACAGCACCGAGGUUUCCUCCACCAACCAGGUGGAGGUCCCCGACACAACCCAGAAUUCUCCGGUGUCCAUCAGCAGCGGAUUGAACAGCGACCCGGACAUGGCGGACAGCCCAGCCGUCACCGGCGUGUCCAGCAUGGCUGUAGCGUCCGUUAUGGGAAGCUUGUCACAAAGUGCCACCGUGUUUAUGUCAGAAGUCACCAGUGAAGCUGUGUACACCAUGUCACCCACCUCUGGCCCAAACCAACACCUUCUGUCCUCAGAUGCAGCUGCACAAGGACUGGUACUUGCUGUGAGUUCAGAUGGACACAAGUUUGCUUUUCCAACAACUGGCAGUUCGGAGAGUUUGUCGAUGCUGCCCAGCACUGUCUCUGAGGAACUCGUGCUCUCUACAACUUUAGAUGGAAAUAGAAAAAUUCCAGAAACCACCAUGAAUUUUGACCCAGAUUGUUUUCUUAACAAUCCCAAGCAAGGGCAGACUUAUGGUGGAGGAGGUAUGAAAAGCGACAGCAUCAGUACCAACAUGAGGCAGUCGCCCACAACAGAACGCAGCUUCAGCUUCAAUACGACCCUCACAAAAGAAAUUAAAACUGAGGACACAUCUUUUGAACAACAGAUGUCCAAAGAAGCAUUUUCCUCCACUUCUGCAUCAAACACACUCACCCUCACCACUGGCUCAGGUUUGCUUCCUUCUGGAGGAGGUCUGAGCCCAAGUACCACCCUGGAGCAGAUGGACUUCAGUGCCAUUGACUCCAACAAGGACUAUUCUUCCAGCUUCAGUCAGACUGUCCAGAGCCCUCAUGUUCAUCAGACCCCUUCCCCCAGCUUCUUUCUGCAGGAUGCCAGCAAACCUCUUCCCCUUGAGCAGAACACUCACAACAACUUGAAUGACACAAGUGGCUCAUUUGUGAACACGUUAGGAAUCCCCAGUGUGAAAACAGAGUCCCCAUCCCAAACCACUUCCAACUGUAACGGCACAGUGGAAACCAGAAUAGAGUCCAGCUCUUCUCUCCAGCUCAUGCAGUUCCAAACAAACUUCCAGGCUAUGACUGCAGAAGCUGAAGUUCCCAUGGAGACUUCCCAGCAGGCAGAAGGGAAUGAAAAUCUACUUAAAUCAGGGGAUCUUCAGGCCUGCAGCACGGAACACUACUUGCAGCCCGAGGCCAAUGGGGGUAUCAGGAACGGGAACAACCUCCCUAUUCUCCAAGGAAACAUGGUACAAGGACUCUAUCCUGUGGCCCAUCCCAGCCUAAAUAACUCCUCCAACAUGGAGCUUAACUUGGACCACUUUGACAUCUCCUUCAGCAACCAGUUUUCCGAUCUAAUUAAUGAUUUCAUAUCGGUAGAAGGUGGGAGCAAUGCUCUCUAUGGACACCAGCUGGUGUCGGGUGACAGUGCCGGACUGUCUCAGCCUGAAGACAGUAACAGAGCAACGUACAGCCAGGCUGAAAUGUGCAUUCCUUGCUGCAGCCCUCAGCAAGCCAACAUGCAGCUCAGCAGCACGGAGAGCGGCGCCAGCACCAUGGCGUACAUGCACGUGGCUGAGGUGGUGUCCGCAGCUGCAGCACAAGGCACUUUGGGGUUGCUGCAGCAGAGCGGGCGCUUGUUCAUGGUGACAGAUUAUUCACCAGAAUGGUCUUACCCUGAGGGAGGAGUAAAAGUCCUAAUUACCGGUCCAUGGCAGGAAGCCAGCAAUAAUUACAGCUGUCUGUUUGAUCAGAUCUCAGUGCCUGCAUCUUUAAUUCAGCCCGGGGUACUGCGCUGCUACUGCCCAGCUCAUGACACUGGGCUCGUGACUUUGCAAGUUGCCUUCAACAAUCAGAUCAUCUCCAAUUCCGUGGUGUUUGAGUAUAAAGCCAGAGCUCUGCCGACCCUGCCUUCCUCCCAGCAUGACUGGCUAUCCUUGGAUGACAACCAGUUCAGGAUGUCCAUAUUGGAGCGACUGGAGCAGAUGGAGAGGAGAAUGGCUGAAAUGACAGGCUCCCAGCAGCACAAACAGGGAGGAGGAGGCGGGAGCAAUGGCAGUGGGAACGGAGGAACGCAGGCGCAGUGCGUUUCUGGGACUGGGACGCUGGGCAGCUGCUUUGAGAGCCGCGUGGUGGUGGUGUGCGAGAAGAUGAUGAGCCGUGCUUGCUGGGCCAAGUCCAAACACUUGAUCCAUUCAAAAACUUUCCGAGGGAUGACACUGCUCCACCUCGCCGCUGCGCAGGGCUACGCGACACUGAUCCAGACCCUCAUCAAAUGGCGCACCAAACAUGCCGACAGCAUCGACCUGGAGCUGGAAGUUGACCCUUUGAAUGUGGAUCAUUUCUCCUGCACUCCUCUGAUGUGGGCGUGUGCGCUUGGCCACAUGGACGCAGCCCUCGUGCUGUACAAGUGGGACCGCCGAGCCAUCUCCAUUCCCGACUCCCUUGGGCGGCUGCCGCUGGCCAUCGCCCGGUCCCGGGGCCACGUGAAGCUGGCAGAGUGCCUGGAGCAGCUGCAGCGCGACGAGCAGACUCAGCUCGGGCAGAGCCCCCGGAUCCAGUGCCCCUCGAGCACAGACUCCAGCACAGAGAGCUGGGUGGCACAGUGGCACAGUGAGCUGGUUGCCUCGCAGGAGCCCCAGAAGGGAGUCACUGUGAUUUCCAGCACCAACACGGAGUUGAGACGACCAAGAUCAGAACCUUCCAGUUACUACAGUAGUGAGACUCAGAAAGAUUACCCUGCACCCAAAAAACAUAAGCUGAGCCCUGAAUACUUUCAAGCCCGGCCAGAAAAGCUGCUUUCCACUGCGCUGAGCCUGGAGCAGCCAAGCGUCAGGAAGCAGAACUCCAGCUCCAAGCAAUCUGCCACCGAGACAAUCAGCCCCAGUGAAGGGAUGAGGGACUAUGGCCAGGAGCUCUCCCAGCACAUCCCAGAAGCUACUGGGUACCGAGGCUCUGGCAGCCAAGCAGGCAUCAAAUGGAGCCCAAAGGACAUUUAUAUUGGUGUGAGCACAGUGCAGGUGGCGGGGGGCCAGAAGGGGACUGCGCUGGGGAAGGACACGGUGGCACAUCGGCUGCGCCAGCGAGAGCAGAUGAACGUGCUGAUGAUGGCUGACAGGGAGAUGGUGGAUGCAGAGCUCCUGUCCUACCGGGACAGCGCCGGGGAUGAGGACUGCUUGCACCACAUGGAUGACUUGCAGGUGAACAUGAUGACGCUUGCAGAGCACAUUAUUGAAGCUACGCCUGACAGGAUCAAGCGGGAGAAUUUUGUGCCAAUGGAGUCGCCGCUGGUGGAGAGGACAGAGGCUGCUGCCAUGAGCACCACGAUGAGCUGGCUGGCCAGUUACCUCGCUGACGUCGACCAUCUGCCGAGCGCGGCGCAGAUGAGAAGUCUGUAUAGUGAACCCCUGACCCCUUCUUCGAACACCAGCUUGAGCCCCGCAGGCUCACCAAUCAGUGAAAUAGCUUUUGAGAAACCCAGCCUUCCCUCGGCAGCCGACUGGUCUGAGUUCCUGAGCGCGUCCACCAGCGAGAAGGUAGAAAACGAGUUUGCACAGUUAACUCUGUCUGAUCAUGAGCAGAGAGAACUCUAUGAAGCUGCCAAACUUGUCCAGACAGCAUUCAGGAAAUACAAGGGUCGUCCUCUCCGGGAACAGCAGGAGGUGGCUGCCGCUGUCAUUCAGCGUUGCUACCGAAAAUACAAACAGCUUACUUGGAUAGCCUUGAAGUAUGCACUUUACAAAAAGAUGACGCAAGCUGCCAUUCUUAUCCAGAGCAAAUUCCGAAGUUAUUAUGAGCAGAAAAAAUUCCAGCAGAGCCGACGAGCUGCGAUGCUGAUCCAGCAGUACUACCGCAGCUACAAAGAAUGUGGGAAGAGGAGGCAGAACCGCCGGGCGGCCACCAUUGUACAGCAGAAACUCCGAAGCAGUCUGCUUACCAAGAAGCAGGAUCAAGCUGCUCGAAAGAUUAUGCGGUUUUUACGACGCUGCCGUCACAGCCCACUGGUGGACCAUAGGCUGUACAAAAGGGGGCUGAAUGCAUUUGGAGCUCACAUGUGUGUGUUAAAUAGCAGACUGCAUGCACUGGGGUGUCAUUCUUAUUGGGCCUUUCUGUCUCUUUUGUUUUGCUGCCCAAAUGAGAUAUCUGGAAAAAGGCAAGAGCUCCCUUUUCUUAAAUGUCCCACAGACCAUUUCAGCUCUCAGAGCAACAGAGUGAAAGAAUUGAAAAAGGCCAAGGAACUUGAAGAUACGCAGCAGCAUCCCGUAGCAAUGUGACAUUGCUUUUCAGACUGUUUUCAUUUUCUGUUUUUAGCAGAGACAUGCAACAACAACAAAAAUACUCGCUGCAGUUCUGGGACCACCAGCUGCAGGAUUUUAACAGUAAUGUUUUGGUCAUUGCAUUUGCACUUUCAUGGAGAACUUUUAAUUUGUUCAGCAAGACAUCUUGGAACUCAAUCUUCUGUUGUUGGAUCAUGGGGAAAACAAAAGACACCAGGAGGAAAUUGUGAGUUGCUUCAUUCUCCAAGAAGGAAGAAGCGAUUAAUUAUCCUUUUAAUAUAGGGCUGUAUUAAACAACAUGUGGAACUGUACAAAUACUAUACCAAAAAUCUUGUUAAGAGAAGGUGGGAAUGCACAAGCAACACAAGAAUGCUGUUCCUGCACCUGUCAGUCAUCUCCAAGAGCCGAAGCUUUGGGAGUCGCGGUGGAGGGGCUGAGACCAGCCCAUCGUUGUCGGGUCCAUGCAUCCUCAUUUCCUUCGCACCUCUGUCCUUCGUGGUUUAGUUCAAUCUCUACAGCACACUUAAUGCAACUUUUUAACUCUGCAGGUUUUUAAUACAUCCCGGGGGAACUUCCAGAAGGGUUGGUGUACGAGAUAAACGGGUAACGCGUGAGGAACCGAGCGAGCAGCUUCAGCGAGUUUCACUACGUUCUUUUGGUGUUUUAACUAGAACCUGCAAACAUAUCAGUUGUCACGUACGUUCUCUCAUAUUCAGCACUUUAUUUUCUAGCCUUACUUUCAUGUACUAUGGUUUUAAUUUAAGUUGGUAAAAUAAUUUGUGAAACGUAGCUUUUUAUCUUGAGUACUUGUCAAACCUCUUGUUGUUUUGCAGAGUCACACACAUAUGUUGCCUGGACAUUUUAUAACCACCUAAAGAUCAGAGUGGUGCUGCAUUCUGGCCAGUAAAUUUCUUAUUUUGGCUACUUCAUCAAAAUCUGGGCAGUUUCUGUAUAUAUAGAAGGUAGAAAUGGAAAACGAGAAAUAUUUGAAAGGGAAUAUAUUGAUUAAUUACUAAAUAUUUUAUUCACAAAGGGUCAAUAACUUGGCAAGAUAAAAUUAUUAUUUGUAUAGUUUUGUCUGAAUGAACGAGAAGAGUGUGGAUGUAUUGUUUGUACAUAUUGUAUAUAGUAAAACAAAGAGAUAUGUGCAUGAACUCAAGAAAAAGAAAUGAACAAAGCAAAGCAUUAGUGGCUAUGGUCUGUAAAAUGAAACAAAAACUUUAUUUCACUAUAAGAAACUUUAUUUUAAAUGUUCUUUAGAAGAACAUUUUUGCUAAAGCAUGACUAAAUGGCGAAAAAGAGCUACUGUAUUUAGACUUAGGAAAAAGGCAGAGCAACAUUACUUUAAGAAAAAAAAGAAAAAAAAAAGGAUAUGUUUACAUUUGAUUUCGGUACCAGGAGUGCGGUCGGUGGUUUAAUUUAUUUGGUCCUUCCUCGGUUUUUUACCCGUCUUUUUCUUUUUUUUUGCCAAUGGUGCCAAUAACGUGAAUGCUGAUAAAUAUCGCUUAAGAAAAUUGAGUUACUUUUGCAAAGCAGAUAAUCAUAAGAGUACAAAAACCGUAUCUAGCUUAACACCAUACACUCACUCCAAUAAAGAACACUUAGAAUGAACAUAAAACAAGGAAAAAAAAAAGAAAUAGUAUGAAAGUAGAAAAUAUGUUUCACAUUUUCAUAUCUCCUGCUGGAAGUCAGAAAAUGUAAUAAAAAUUGCACAAAAAAUAAUUUAAAAAAGAGUAAAACUUAAAAAAAAAAAAGAUGCAAACUGAUCUCGUAGGGGUGUCAUGGUAUAUUGCUAUUUCCACAUAGUGAGGAGCCAAAGAAAUUAGGGUUUUGAAAUUGAACCACUAAUUUAAAACUGUCACAAGGUGCCCCCGCGGGCCGUUCUGGCCGGGGGCGCCGGGGCGGGCGCGUGCGGGGCCGGAACGCGCUCCCGCUCCCGCUCCCGCGGGCUGUCCCGCGCGUGGCCGCCGCACGCCUGAGGACACCGGUGUCCACUGAGGGGGCAGUUUUGGAGUAGUAGUUCUUGCUUGAUUCCGGCCACCAACUGCAACGUUUAAACGCAGGGCUUGUUGUGAAGCCUAAAAAUACUCAUACGUAAGAAGCUUUUAAACUGGUGUCUUUAAAAGAAGAGUGAAAACAAAGAUUGUGGCAAAAAAAAAAAAACCCUGGGGUCAGUGCUCUUGGUGCCUUUUCUAUAAUUGUACCUGUUUUUAAUUACUUCUUUUCACUGCCAGCAUUGAAUUACAGUAGAUGUGCUAUAGCUCAUUACCAGAAUUCUCUUGUACAUUUCUGAACUGCUGCUUUAUGAUCUGAUUCAAUUUAAAAACAAGAAAAAGGAAAACAGAUAAAAACGCCCGGCCCGGCAGUGCCGCCGUGCCCGUGGCAGCCCCGCGGCCUCGGUGCGCUGCGUGGAAUUGGGACCUUGACCCUGAAACCUUCCUCUCGUGCAAAAACAGAACAGGAGACAGCGAGGAGUCUCCUUUGGAAUGAAUUGGAAACGCUCUGUAUUAAUCCUGGAAGAACCGUGGCAUUCCGAACGCGAGAUGUUGCUCCCAUUAACCAAUACAUGACAAUAUAGAAUUGACCUUUUCCUAACAAGAGUAGUGACCUCAGUGGAAAUGUUUUACCCCCUGUCUUUGCAGAAAACGAUUCCAUAACAUACAGAGCUAUUUCAAAUUACUCUUCCAGAUCCAUGGGCCUGGUGGUGUAUCCUACUGACCUAGAUCCCGCUUCAGCCAACUGUUCCAGCGCGUACUUGCUGUUCAACAUGCAAGCGAUUCCCUGGUGCCGCAGAGCUACUUGCAUGCUGGAGGCCAAGUACCGCUCUCGAGUGCUUUGUUGUGUCGGGCUGUGACCCUUCCGUGUGUCCCCGGGGGGUGGGACAGACCCCCACGGUGAGGUGAUCCCACUCACCCUCCUCUCGGUUGUGGAACUUACGUCUUCAUGGGAGACACGUAAGUGCAGCUUUCCGGGAAUGUCGGAAUUCCCAAGUGCCAGGAGCCAGAUCUUCUGUCUUCUGAUAAUGGAAUUGCUCCUUUGCAAAACACAUUCGACAGCAGUAAUACUGUGUGAAAGAAAUACAGAAUAUAACAUGAACCCCCUCUCUGGUUGCACGCUUAUGGCAGUUCCACACAAUAGCUGGUGCCCAUGGGGGGUCCCCGAGACUUGCAUGUAAAACUAGUAUAGAUGUCUUCUCUUUUGUAAGUUUUAUUUUUGUAACCGUGCAUGUAAAGCAUCACUGAAUCAAUGGAUCUGUUGAAGAACUCAGCUGCUGGAACCAUGCAAAAUGUUUUGAAUUGCCCUUAAAAUAUGGAAAAUGUUUUCUGAAUGCUUUAUAUUCUUUCUGCUGUAAAUUAAAAACAAAGAAAAUUUCCCCAUAUAA